ACCGGCUGUGGCCUGGAUAGAAGCAUUUUUCUCUCCAUGGCACCAGGAGCCUUGGAGCUGCGCGCAAGCAUUCAGGAGCUGAUCCAGGCGCACGGAUUGGAGCAGAGUCCGCCCGGCUCUUUACCCGGGACAUACAGUCAGCUCAGUCUCUGCUUAGCUAUCUCAAGUGAAAUGUAAAUCAGGAGGCAGGUGGAGGGUGAACCACACGCGGGGGGUUAUGGUAAGUGCGGGAAGUCGUGCGCCACUUCUCUCUCUCAGCUCAUUCAGAGCUCGGGUUUCCAGCAGCUCCUCUCACUUCUCAGCGUCACCUCAUGGCUCAGCAAUGCUCCUCUCAUCCCGUGCUCCCCGUGCUCCUCCUUCUCGGCGGGGUGGUCGCGGUCCUGCUCCUCACUGUCCCCACUCGGGACGUCCUGGACGCGCCCGGGUUCGCGUACGGGAUUGUCCUGGAUGCUGGGUCGUCACACACAGCGUUGUACAUAUACAAGUGGCCGGCAGACAAGCAAAACGGCACAGGAGUGGUCACGCAGCACAGUGAAUGCCAUGUUAAAGGCGGUGGGAUCUCGAGCUACGCUGGCCAGCAGGGAGCAGCCGGGCAGAGCUUAGAGGUCUGUCUGGACCAGGCGGUGAAGGACAUCCCCAAAGAAAGACACCGGCUGACACCUGUGUACCUGGGAGCCACAGCUGGCAUGAGGCUUCUGAAUAAAUCCAGUCCGGAGCAGUCGGGUCAGAUUCUUCAGGAAGUGGGACACAGAAUCCAGUCGUACCCUUUCAACUACCAAGGGGCGGCCAUAUUGAGUGGUCAAGAGGAAGGGGCGUACGGCUGGGUCACCGUCAACUAUCUCCUCGAGAACUUCAUAAAGUAUGGUUUCGUGGGGCACUGGCUUAGCCCCGGCAGACCCACGGUGGGAGCGCUUGAUUUCGGCGGGGCGUCCACCCAGAUAACGUUUGCCACUCAGGAGGUAGUGGAGGACAAGAGGGACACGAUGAAGCUGCGUCUCUAUGGACACGAGUACUCUUUGUACACGCACAGCUUCCUGUGCUACGGCCGGGACCAGGUCCUCAAGAGGCUUCAGGCUCACUUAGUCCAGUCUCAGGGUUAUUCCCAAUCAGCCGUCCACCCUUGCUACCCUGCAGGCCACAGCAGGAGUUUCAAAUUCAGAUCUAUAUUCAACUCUCCGUGCACAAAGCAGUACGCGCCCAGCUCCUACAACCCAGAGGCCUCUGUGACGUUUGAGGGCACCGGACAUUAUCAACACUGUGUGGGCAAUGUAACCGAGAUCUUCUCCUUCGACAACUGCCCUUUCUCCCGAUGCUCCUUCGACAAAGUGUUUCAGCCAAACGUCACCGGCAGCUUCAUGGCGUUCUCUGCAUUCUUCUACACUCACUCCUUCCUGCAGGAGGUGACUGGCAUCACCGUGAACUCGCCGUCACGGCUGGAUAACGCCACCAGGACGCUGUGUGCCAUGAGCUUCGAUAAGAUGUUGCGUCUUGCUCCGAAGCAAGAGACCCGUUUGCCGGACUACUGUGCUUCCUCUGUGUUCAUCAAGGUUCUCAUGCUGAGAGGAUACGGCUUCGACGACACAUCUUUUCCUCGCAUUUCCUUCCAGAAGAAGGCUGGAGAUGCCUCAGUGGGCUGGGCUCUGGGCUACAUGCUGAGUUUGAGCAAUCUGCUGCCGGCAGAGAAAGUGGAGCAUAGGAAGGCCCUGUCCCUGAGUGCCUGGGGAAUGCUCGUCGGGCUCUGCGGCCUCCUCCUCAGCGCAGCCCUGGUCUCCAUCAUGCUGCGAGCUUGUGAUGGCAGGAGGAAAGGAGGCAGUGAAGGACCCAUCUAGAUACUGUAGCAGCACGGUCAGAAAACAGGAGCACAGAUAUGCAGUUUUACCUCAGACUCCCUGGAUCUGGAUGAUGGAGUGAACAUGUGCUCAACAAUCAUCAUAAACAGACCCAUUGCUAAAUAUUAGGCUCCGACUGCAUGAAUGUAUUAAUGUUUUCUUUUCAUUUCAAAUCCAAAGUGCUGAAGUAAAAGCCAACAUAAUAAAGAGUGUGACCAAACCUUCUCUAAGUGUCCUGUAGGUUUAACCACUGACCUGUCAGGACGAAGUCUGAAUGUAUAUUUUAUUCUUGGAGGAGACAUAUUAGGAUUUUUUUAAUCUCCUAGUUUGUAAUUCAGGCUAUUUGUGACUGUGAAAGUUCUGCAAAUAAACAGGUGGAUCCUUGCAAAGUUUUUUGUUCGCAUUAAGCUCUGUUUUCAGGGUUUAAAACUAAAUAAUCCAUAAUUUGCAGAUGCUGUUUGUAUCGUCUAAACAUUAGUUGACAGAAUCCCAGGCUCAUAGUCUCAAUAAACGUAAAUCACUGCUCAGCAAAAGAUUUGAUUUAGUCCGUUUAUUGUGAUGUGAAGGACAAAUUAAAUAAACCACUAAAGAUGGAAUGGACGAACAGGUUGUUAUCUGAUAAAAUUGAGUUUUUAAUAUAUAUAUUUACCCUCAUGUCAGCCACAAUAUUGUUCAUAUUUGUAUACAGUGAUGCAGAAUUCUUGAAUCUAACCAUGAUGCAGAAUGUAUUUGUGUUAAAACAAUAAAAUAUUUCAAUUGCAGUGAUUAAUGUAGCUCACAAGUGGAUGUUGAAUUAUACAGUGUUUAAUGAAUAUUUCUUGAUUUUAACAUUUUAUGAAAUAAAAGUUUUAAAUGGUAAAA